AUGUACUUUAUUAGGAGAGGCGGUGGGAUUAUAAACAAAAAUGACGAAAACAUUUACAGAUUACGUGAUGCACUUCAUGACGGUAAUAUUUUACGAAUUAAAAGAUUGUCUGAAUUUAAUGAAUCAGAAAUUAUAAACCGUUGCAAACUAGAAUAUGGAAUUAAAAUGUCUGAUGAUGGGCUUGUUGAACCUCACGGGAAAGCUUUUACUUUCAAUAAGCAAAAUAAUAUUAUUGAACUGUUCAAAGACAAUGCAGAUAUCUAUAUUUCUCCUAAAUUGCCUUGGUCUUCAUUAUCAGCUGAUUUUAACGUAUCGCAUAAAGCAUCAACUAAAAAAACAAAUUACAGUGAAACUUCUAUGUCGUUCGACGUUAAUUUACAAGGACGCGCUAAAAUAAUUAUGACUGAUAAAGUUCGUCCGUCUCAAGAAUUUGAGAACGAAGUGAAUGCUGCUUUAAAUUGUGCUAAUAACCCCAUUGAAGAACUUAGAAAAGUCUGUAAUAAGUAUGGAGAAUUUUGGGCACGUGAAAUAAUUCUAGGAGGUAAAAUUCAAAUAGUUCAAGAUGAUUUCGUUGAAAUUA